GCCUGCCGGGAGCGGGCUGGGAGGUGGCGGUCCGGCCCAAUGGGUGCGGGCUCCCGAGGAGAGGGCGGAGGAGAAGAGGAAGCCAGCGGGCUGUGGGCCUCGUCCCCAUUCAUUGCGGUGGCCUGCUGGGUGGGGGGUCUCGUGUGUCAGGAGUCAUGGAGGCGCUAAUCCCGGUCAUCAAUAAGCUGCAGGACGUCUUCAACACGGUGGGCGCCGACAUCAUCCAGCUGCCUCAGAUCGUGGUGGUGGGGACGCAGAGCAGUGGAAAGAGCUCAGUGCUGGAAAGCCUAGUGGGGAGAGACCUUCUUCCCAGAGGGACUGGUGUGGUCACCCGGAGACCUCUCAUUCUGCAGCUGGUCCAUGUUUCGCCAGAAGAUAAACGAAAAACAACAGGUGAAGAAAAUGGUAAAUUUCAGAACUGGAACCCUGCUACAUGGAAAAACUCAAGACACCUUUCUAAAGGAGUGGAAGCAGAAGAAUGGGGUAAAUUUCUUCACACCAAAAACAAGCUUUAUACAGAUUUUGAUGAAAUUCGACAAGAAAUUGAAAAUGAAACUGAAAGAAUUUCAGGAAAUAAUAAGGGAGUAAGCCCUGAGCCAAUCCAUCUUAAGGUUUUCUCACCCAACGUUGUCAAUCUGACACUUGUGGAUUUACCAGGAAUGACCAAAGUACCUGUAGGUGAUCAACCCAAGGAUAUUGAGCUUCAAAUCAGAGAGCUUAUUCUUCGGUUCAUCAGCAAUCCCAAUUCCAUUAUCCUUGCCGUCACGGCUGCAAAUACAGACAUGGCAACCUCGGAGGCACUCAAGAUCUCCAGGGAGGUGGAUCCAGACGGGCGCAGAACUCUAGCUGUAAUCACCAAACUUGAUCUCAUGGAUGCUGGGACUGACGCCAUGGAUGUAUUGAUGGGAAGGGUUAUUCCAGUCAAGCUUGGAAUAAUUGGAGUAGUUAACAGGAGCCAGCUAGAUAUUAACAAUAAGAAGAGUGUGACUGAUUCAAUCCGUGAUGAGUAUGCUUUUCUUCAGAAGAAAUACCCGUCUCUGGCCAACAGAAAUGGAACGAAGUAUCUUGCUAGGACACUGAACAGGUUACUUAUGCAUCACAUCAGAGAUUGUUUACCAGAGCUAAAAACAAGGAUAAACGUUUUAGCUGCUCAGUAUCAGUCCCUUCUAAAUAGCUAUGGUGAACCCGUGGAUGAUAAAAGUGCGACUUUACUCCAGCUUAUCACCAAGUUUGCCACAGAGUAUUGUAACACUAUUGAAGGAACAGCGAAGUAUAUCGAAACUUCUGAGCUAUGCGGUGGUGCUAGGAUUUGUUAUAUUUUCCAUGAGACUUUCGGGCGAACUUUAGAAUCUGUUGACCCACUAGGUGGCCUUAACACUAUUGACAUUUUGACUGCCAUUAGAAAUGCUACUGGCCCUCGUCCUGCUUUAUUUGUGCCUGAGGUUUCAUUUGAGUUAUUGGUCAAACGGCAAAUAAAGCGUCUAGAGGAGCCCAGCCUCCGCUGUGUGGAGCUGGUCCAUGAGGAAAUGCAGAGGAUCAUCCAGCACUGUAGCAACUACAGUACACAGGAAUUAUUACGAUUUCCCAAACUUCAUGAUGCCAUAGUUGAAGUAGUGACUUGUCUUCUUCGGAAGCGGUUGCCUGUUACAAAUGAAAUGGUACAUAAUUUAGUGGCAAUUGAACUAGCAUAUAUCAACACAAAACAUCCCGACUUUGCUGAUGCUUGUGGGCUAAUGAACAAUAAUAUAGAGGAACAAAGAAGAAACAGGCUAGCCAGAGAACUGCCUUCAGCUGCAUCGCGAGAUAAGUCUUCUAAAGUUCCAAGUGCUUUGGCACCUGCCUCCCAGGAGCCCUCCCCUGCUGCUUCUGCUGAGGCUGAUGGCAAGUUAAUUCAGGACAACAGAAGAGAAACUAAAAAUGUUGCGUCUGGAGGUGGUGGGAUUGGAGAUGCUGCGCAGGAACCAGCAACAGGCAACUGGAGAGGGAUGCUGAAAACUUCAAAAGCUGAAGAAUUACUUGCUGAAGAAAAAUCAAAACCUAUUCCAAUUAUGCCAGCAAGUCCACAAAAAGGCCAUGCUGUCAAUUUGCUAGAUGUGCCAGUUCCAGUUGCACGAAAACUGUCUGCCCGUGAACAGCGAGACUGUGAGGUUAUUGAAAGACUCAUCAAAUCGUAUUUUCUAAUUGUCAGAAAGAAUAUUCAAGAUAGUGUCCCAAAGGCAGUAAUGCACUUUUUGGUUAAUCAUGUGAAAGAUACUCUUCAGAGUGAAUUAGUGGGGCAGCUGUAUAAAUCAUCCUUAUUAGAUGACCUUCUGACUGAGUCUGAGGACAUGGCACAGCGCAGGAAAGAAGCAGCUGAUAUGCUAAAGGCAUUGCAAGGAGCCAGUCAAAUUAUUGCUGAAAUCCGAGAAACUCAUCUUUGGUGAACAGAACUGUUCAACACCCAGACUUUGUUGACUUGAACCUGCUGGCUACUUACUGCCUACCUGAGUGAUUUAUUUAUGAACUCUUGUGUAUUGCAGUGUGUGAGUUUGCUCAUGUGAAGACUGGCUAUAAGCUGAAAAGUACACUCUGCAUUAUGAAACAGAUCACAUGUUUAAUUCACAUUUUUCAUGUUCCCUAUGUACAUGUAUAUCAAAUCUGUCCGUUUCAAACUUACAAGAACAACUGAUAUUCUACAUGUACAGAGCAGUUUGCCUGCGUAUAUGAC